CCUUCCUCUACAAGGUAUUCUACAAAUAUUCUACAAGUUCGUUGUAGUUUGCCUUGUAAAAUGUAUUUAAUAAAGCAGAUUAUUCUUUUCCAUUAGCACGUGCAGAUUUAUAAAUUCGACAAGAAACACACAAUUAGACGCGUGUAUUCCACUCGAGCAGUCCUUGAGAACGGUCGACUAAAUGGAAAGAAUGAAAACAAAGGCCGCAGUAGAGAAGUUUAGAUCUUUUAUGAUAACCAUUGUUAUUUAUCGUACACAUUUCCGCGUAAUUUGAAAGUAUAAGCUACCUCUUUGAUAUAAUGCAAGGCACAGGUUAAUCGUAUUAAUUAUUCGCCGUCGUAGGCACAUUUGACAUAAUAAUAAAGCAGGAGGGGGACAUCGUCCGGAGUGUCCUUGACCGUCACAUUGGACAUUAUGCGAAGUAUAAUGUUACAUAAACUUAUUGAAUGACAUAAAUGGAAAACUGGGAUCACUGCACGAGUGGAGACAUUACAUUGCAGAGUAGUGAAGCAGUAUUUCUCUCUAGCAACUUCAACAAACCGCUGCGAUUUCGUCGCGAUCUUGUUACGGGAAUUAUUUGAGCAAUCGUAUAGAGGGGAAAGCAAGGACAUGUUCGUGCAAACUGGUCAGAUUUGAAUUGGCAUGGCAUUCCUGAGACCACUGGUGACGAUCGGGUUAACAAUUAUCGUCGCUGUUGCACUUCCCCUUGACGAUGAUUCGGGAAACGACUCGCAGACCGCGGUUAAUUACCGUUUGCCGGACAACGUGGUGCCUACACACUAUGACAUCAAGUUAAUACUGCAACAUAACUUCACUUCAUUUGACGGCGAAACGAGUAUCGACGUCGUGAUUCGUCGCGUGACGCGUGACUUACGUUUGCACGCGCUGGAAUUGACAAUAAACGAGGAAGCGACGUCGUUGGUCAACAGCGAAGGCGUCGUCUACAAACCGAAAGUGCACAAUUACGACAACGUAAUAGAAAUCUUGGAUCUCAAUUUUGACGACGAACUACCGCCCGAACAUUACACUCUAAACACAAAGUUUGUCGGUAUUCUGAACAGCGACAUGGAAGGCUUCUUUAAAACGUCGUACGUAAACGAGAAUAAUGACACAGUGUUGCUGGCCGUAACGCAUUUUGAGCCGACCUCGGCGCGUCAAACGUUCCCAUGCUGGGAUGAGCCGGCAUUAAAAGCCACCUUCAACAUUUCCAUCAAGCACUAUCCAACCUACACGGCUCUGUCAAAUAUGCCGGCGCUGGCAACCUCGGACGAAACCGAUGAAGACGGCAUGGUUUGGACGCACUUCGACACGACUCCUGUCAUGUCCACUUAUCUCGUGGCGUUUGUAGUGUCCGAUUAUGUACGGGUUUCUAACGCGGACGGGACUGUCAACGUGUGGACCACGUCGCAAUUGGCACCGUACUCAAAAUUCGCACAGCAGAUUGCCCAGCGAAGUGAAGAACUGUUGACGCAGUACACCAAUAGUACUCACAAGGUUCCAAAAAUAGACCAUGUAACAUCUCCAGAAUUCUCAGCAGGUGCCAUGGAGAAUUGGGGACUUAUCAUUUAUACUGAAAGUGAGUUUACGUAUGAUGAGAAACGAGAUACCACGCGGCAUAAACAUAGAGUAGCGGUAGUAAUGGCACACGAGAUGGCUCAUCAGUGGUUUGGUAAUGUAGUCAGCCCAUCAUGGUGGACCUACUUAUGGUUAAAUGAAGGAUUUGCGUCGUUUUUCGAGGCCUAUAUUCUCGAUAAGAUGUUUGAAGAUUGGCGAAUGAUGGAUCUCUUUGUGAUCGAAAAACAGCACAACGCCUAUCAUUUGGAUAUUGCGAAGCAAGUGAUGCCCAUUGCAGCAGAAGUCAAUAGUCCCAAAGAAAUUGAUUCGCUUUUCGAUACUUCCAGUUAUGACAAAGCCCCUGUUAUAUUGCGUAUGUUGCAACAUAUCAUGACCGACGAAGUGUUUAGGAACGGUCUCAUUAGAUAUUUAAACACGCACCAGUUCAGCUCGGCUACUUCUGACGAUCUGUGGGACGCCUUACAAGCAGCCCUAGAUGAAUCGGACGUUCCGCACAAUGACUAUAAAUUAAAAGAUGUAAUGGAUACGUGGAUAACGCAAAGGCAUUAUCCUGUGGUACGUGUAAUGCGAAACUACGACACUGGCGAAGUGAUAUUGAAGCAGGAACAUUUCCAUCCUGAUAUCGAAUAUAAUGAAGAGAAUGCAGUCGACGAAGAUAAAUGGUGGAUACCUAUAACAUUUACUACACAAUCGAGUCCCGACUUCUCCAACACCGUGCCUACUUAUUGGCUGAGACCGCAAGACAAAAAUAUAACAAUUAGUGGAAUUAACUCAAAUGAUUGGAUUAUGGUCAACCUACAACAGAUGGGAUACUACCUCGUUAAUUAUGAUGAGACAAAUUGGAAAAAAAUUGCGGAGUACCUCGAUUCCGACGAUUACACGAAGAUACACGUACUUAAUAGGGCUCAACUCAUUAAUGACGCAUAUCAUCUGCUGCGGGCGAAUCAAGUUAAUCUCAUCACGUUUCUGGAUAUAAUAAAUUACCUGGAGAAGGAAACAGAGUAUAUACCGUGGAGUACAAUGUUCACUAUUUUCUCCGUUGUGUCUAAAAUUUUUGAAAUACCAGGAAGUGAAUCUCUCAAGGUAAACGACAAUAAAUUUUGGUAACAUAUUAUAUAUUAUAUAUAUAGAUGUAUGCAUAUAUAUUCACACACACACAAUCCUCUGUAAAUUUGGAAACAUAAAAUGUUUGAAAAUGUAAAAAUGUAAAAUGUAAAAAUAAGAAUAUUAAAAUGGAUUUUUUAUAAUAAUUCUCUUUCGCACUUAUCUUUAAAAGAUCGGCAUUUAUAUUAUUUAGCGAAGUUUCAACUUUAAGAAUCCAAUACUUUCUGUAUUGCUGUGCAAUGAAGUUUAAUGGAAUCAUAAGCAACCGAAGUCAAAAUGUCCAAUUUUACUUUAACUCUUAGUAAUACGGAAA